CGGAGGGUGGUUACAGUUGGGUAGUGUGGCAACGGGUAGUUGUGUUUAUCAAUGCCGGAGGAGGCAGGAGGGAGAGGGAGAGAGGUUCGGCAUGGCGGGUCAACAUUGAGUGUGGCGCAGCGUCGGAGGCGCGGAGAGGACGAGUGUGUUCGGUGGAGAGCGCGGAGACAGGCAGGCGUUGAAUAUAUCGAGCAAAUGUUGAGAGGGGAUAUUGAGGAGAGAGGACGUGGCAUUGGGUGUGGCGAGAUUAACGGGAAGGGAGAGCCGAGUGUGAGGAGGCUAAAUAUAGGCGGUUGAUCCCUUUUUGACAGUCGCAUUUCCCUCUUUCGUUCCUUCCUCUCUUUCCUCCGUCGCCCUUCAACAACCCCUUCGGAUCGUCGCGCACCGAAGCCAGCACAAGCCAGACGAGCACAAGUCCUUUAGCAUCCACUCCUUCCAACCGACGACGACGACGACGACCCUCUCCACGAUGGUCCGCUCCUCGCCCCUCUCCCUCCUCGCCCUCGGCCUCGCAUCCUCACAAGCUCCCUCCGCACUCGCUCAAUCCGCCGGCAGCAUUGAGCAGGUCGGCUCCACUCUCGUCUCUGCAAUGAUGAUGUUCCUUGGGAACGAGGAGAAGCUGUACAUCCUCGACAAGGCAGAAGGCAACGCCGAGCAAGUCAACGGCCAUCCUGCCUGGGCUUCAGUAUGGGACAUCAACUCCAAAUCCGCGACGGUCAUGGACAUGGAGACCAACCCCUUCUGCGCCGCCGGUAUGCACCUCCCGAACGGUUCCUUCGCCACCUUCGGCGGCAACGGCGCCAUCACCACAGGCGGCAACAUCGGCGACGACUUCCCCGCCGGCGCCGGGUCCGCUUACUGGGACUCUACCUACCAGGACUACGACGGCACGAAAGCGAUUCGAAUCAUCAACCCCUGUUCGUCAAGUAUCUCCGACACGGACCUUAACACGGAUUGUACGUGGUACGACUCCCCUACGGGACUGCAGAUGCAGAAACAUCGGUGGUAUCCCGCGGCUGAACCCCUCGCGGACGGGAGCGUCGUGCUCGUCGGUGGGUUCGUGAACGGCGGGUAUAUCAAUCGUAAUACGCCGAAUACGGACCCGGAGUACAGUAACGGCGCAGCGGAGCCGACGUACGAGUUUUAUCCAUCCAAGGGGGACGCGGAGGUGAUGCAGUUCAUGAUCAAGACGUCCGGCCUGAACGCAUACGCGCACACGUAUCUCAUGCCUUCCGGGCUCAUGUUCGUCCAAGCGAACUAUUCCACCAUCCUCUGGAACUAUACCGCGAACACGGAAACGACCCUCCCAGACAUGCCUGACCAGAUUGUCCGCGUCUAUCCCGCGUCCGGCGCAACGGCCAUGCUUCCCCUCACUCCAGCUAACAACUACACCCCUACGAUCCUCUUCUGCGGCGGGUCGGACAUGACGGACGAUCAAUGGGGGAACUACUCCUUCCCUAUGAUCGACACGUUCAAUUACCCCGCCUCCACCGACUGCCACACCAUAACCCCCGAACCCACCGACGGUUCCGACCCCGUCUACGUCCAAGACGACGACCUUCCCGUAGGCCGCACGAUGGGUCAAUUCAUCGCGCUCCCCGACGGCACCAUGCUCGUCAUCAACGGCGGCGCGAACGGGACCGCAGGCUACGCAGAGCACACCGCCGAAACGCUCUCCUACAGCGACAUGCCAUAUGGAAUGUCACUCUGCGCCGCACCAGUCCUCCAACCCGCGAUCUACGACCCUUCCCAACCUCUAGGCAGCCGCUGGUCCACCGCCGGACUCGCAUCCUCCACCAUACCCCGAUUAUACCACUCCAGCGCAAUGCUCAUGCCCGAUGCUUCCGUCUUCAUCGCCGGUUCGAACCCGAACGUCGACGUCAAUCUCACUACCUAUUUCCCAACAACCUACGAAGCCGAAAUCUUCUACCCCCCCUAUUUCGCCGCCACAACCCGACCUUCACCCCAAAACAUACCCUCCAAACUAACCUACGGAGGUUCCUACUUCGACAUCCUCGUCCCCGCCUCGUCCUACUCCGGCACCGCCAACGACGCCGCCUCCAACACCUCCAUCUGGCUCAUGCGCGGCGGGUUCACCACGCACGCCAUGAACAUGGGUCAACGCGCACUCCAGUUGAAUAACACGUACUCAGUGCAAUCCAAUGGAAGUAUCAUUCUGCACGUCUCACAACCCCCGCCUAAUCCGAAUUUAUUCCAACCCGGCCCGGGAUGGUUAUAUGUCACCGUGAACGGGAUACCUUCCAAUGGGACUUACGUCCUCGUCGGUUCCGGAUCCAUCGAAACGCAACCUACCUCCGCCGUCGUCUCCCUUCCCACCUCCGUGCGCCUCGAUUCCGCGUCGGGCACCGCGGACGGCAGCGAUACCGGUUCGAGUGAUUCGAGUGGGGGGAGUACGAGUCAUACGGGGGCGAUUAUAGGAGGGAUCGUGGCUGCGAUCGCGGCGGUGGGUGUUCUAGGCGCGAUAUUUGGGAUAUGUUUAGCGAGGAGACGGAGGGCGGCGGCGCAGGCUGCGGGAGAGAAGGGAGGGUAUGCGAUGCGUUCGACUUCGCUUGCUUCUUCUGGCGGUGGCGCGGGGGCGGGGUACGCUGCAGGAGGGAUGGCAGGGGGGGCGAUGGCGGGGAGGGGAGCGGGAGGAGGUGGGAUUAGGACGAGCGAGAGUAGUGCGUUUGUGCCGUUACAGGGAAAUAUGUCCACUGCGUCCUUGAACUCGCCGUACCAGGAUAACGAUCCGUACUCCGGGGGUGCACCACAUGGGGGACAGGGACAGCAGGGGGCACAGAGGUUUGGGGACGAAGAUGGGAGGGAGACACCGUUGAGCUAUUAUGGAGGGACGAGGAGCGGGGAGUUUGAUCCGUAUUAUGGAGAUAAUGCGCAGAGGAUGAGUACGAGUCAGGGGCCGCCGAGGUAUUAGCGAGCGUAGCGAGCGUGUGUUGAGCGUGGGGCGAGCUGCGGGGUGAGCGAGCUGAUCUGUGGAUAGGGAGGGGAAUGGACUGUGAGUUUGGGGAGAUUGGGUGGUUGGUUGGUUGGUUGGUUACGAUGGACGGACGAUUUCAAUUACUUUUACAAGUCUUUUGAUUUUGAUUGAUUUUGAGCUUUGAGGCGGACCUGAUCUGAAUUUCUGAAUUUUUUGUUUUUGUUUUCUUUCACUUACUUUUACUUUUACUUUUCUCAACACUUGCUCUUUGACCAUACCCUACAUACCAUCUUCCAUUUUUUUGAUCCAUUCAUUCAUUCGUUCGUUCAUUUAUUCAGACCAGAGGCAGAGGCAGAGGCAGAGGCAGAGGCAGCUAUCCUACCAAUCUAUCUGAAUCACAAUCCAAUCCAAUCAUGAUGCAUAUGCUCAGGCGUUCCAGCCGUCCUCCGAUCGUCCUCGUACCCCGUCACACUCGCCACUGCCCACCCACUUCGCACAUUCGGUCGUUACCCUUUUCGCGCGCACACACACACACACACACACACUCGUAAUACUUACUGUCGUUCACUGCUACCUACGCUUGCUUUUGGUGUUACCGUUACUCGAACCCUUACCGUUAUCUCCACACGCUUCACGCAUAUCAACUCAUUCAACUCAUCCCACUCAUACCAUCCGUCGCACUCCAAUCCAUCACAUCCCCCCUCCCGACGUUCACUUCAACGUUCACACCUGCGCAUACAUCCAUGAAUUUAUCCAUUAUCUUCAUAUCCUCCAUUAUCUUCAUAUCCU